AUGGCUGGGAAAGCUGCCGUCAAGCCGGUGAAAAAAUCGAAAGCAAGUAAAGAGCUGGAAGAGGACGUAGCGAACCUUCAUCAGCUUGAAGCCCAACACGGCAUACUGGGAAUAGUGCUGCUCCUGUUCUGUGGAACUGUUUCAAGCUAUCUCUGCACCCUACUCCCGGAUGGCCUAACGUCUGCCGACCUCGGUACCUACCCAACGGCGUUUAUUGCUGAACGGGCUUGGGAUAACUUGCAGGUACUAAACGAUUUCGGUCCCAAACCAACCGGUUCCGAGGCGAACGAGCUCCGUGCGGCUGACUAUAUCCGUCGAGAAUUGGAAAAAGUGAAAGCCACCGCACACUCUGCCCAGCAGCUAGAAACCCACCAUCAGACCGUAUCCGGCGCGUAUCCGAUUGCGUUCCAGGGUAACCCGUUAACGAGCGUCUACCGGAGAGCGCAAAACAUUGUGGCUAAGCUGGCCGGUCGAGAAGAUGGAAAUGCGCUGAUGCUAAACUGUCACUAUGAUACGGUGGCCAGCAGCCCGGGAGCGAGCGAUGAUGGAGGCAGCUGUGCGGUGAUGUUGGAGAUAGCGCGUGUCUUGUCCCGCGCUCCGGAACGUACCCGUCAUUCGAUCAUUUUCCUCUUCAACGGAGCUGAAGAGACGCCCUUACAAGCAGCCCAUGGUUUCGUUAGUCAGCAUCCGUGGGCCGAAGAAGUGAGGGCCUUUCUUAAUCUCGAAUCGGCCGGAUCGGGUGGCAAGGAGCAACUGUUUCAGAGUGGUCCACAACAUCCAUGGCUGGUAGCUGCUUAUGGACGUUCGGCGCGUCAUCCUGCUGCCCAGGCGUCCUCGGAGGAACUGUUUCAAUCAGGACUCAUUCCAUCCGAUACGGAUUUUCGCAUUUUCCGCGAUUUUGGCCACGUGCCAGGGAUGGAUUUUGCGCACACCAUCAACGGAUAUCGGUACCACACGCGAUUCGACAACAUCGACUAUCUGAGCCUUUCGGUACUACAGCGUACGGGCGACAACAUCCUCGCCUUAACACGGGAGAUCGUAAAUGGCGAUGAGUUGGCCAAGUUGAAGCACGAUCCGUCACAGUUGAGUGAAGGGAACAGUGUAUACUUUGAUUUUCUGGGGCUUUUCUUCUUCCAUUACUCGAUCGAGUCCGCGCGUUUGUUGAACUACGCAUUAUCGGUCUGCUCGGUUGUCCUUCCGUAUUGGCAGCUACUGAAACCAGUUCAGCGCGUUGGCGGUAAGCGAGACAUUGUCCGAGGGAUGGUGGUUGGGUUUGCGGGAACGGUUUGUGGUACUAUUGGUGGUGUGCUGGUUGUACUACUUAUCGCCAACCGGCUUGAUGCUUUCGGCCGAGCCAUGAGCUGGUUUUCGACUCCCUUUCUCAUUUUGGGCCUGUACGGUUGUCCCGUGAUGCUGAUGCAUUGCUUUGGCCAUCGUAUCGUUAACCACCUGUUUGAAAGAAAAGAGGCAACACUUACACUGAUGGAUACGGUUCGCUCACGUUUGCUUGGUGUUAACCUGUUCUGGGCGAUACUAAUCGUUAAACUGACGCUGCUCAACAUACGUAGUGCCUACGUAGUCGCCGUGCUUCUGGUUUGCUCCCUGCUCUCGACGCUUAUUACCUCGGUGCUAGGUUACCAGAGGAAUGUACACCGGUGGCUCGCGGUACAUCUUGGGUUUCAAGUAGUGGCCAUGCUGUGGUCCACCACCUUCUAUCACUUGAUGAUGAAACUGUUUGUGCCCAUCACCGGACGGAUUGGAGGAUCGGUGAAUCCGGAGUACCUGAUCGGAUUGCUAGUGGCAUUCGGUGGAUUACUGUGCAUCAGCUACCUCGUACCACUGAUCGGUUUACUUAAGCAGUCUUCAGAACUUACUGCACGGCUGACUGUCUUUGCGAUGAUAGCAUUUCUGCUCGCUUGCUGUACACAAGUUGGCUUCCCGUAUCGGGACGACAGUAGCAGCGAACCCUCGGUUCAGCGACACUACGUGACGCAUACGCUUCAGGUUGCAAACGAUAGCACCGGCCGCACAAUCGAAAGGUCCGGAUUUUUACUCCGUGAAAUGGAUCGCAACGCGCUGCGCCUCAUGCGUGGCGUGGCCAGUCCAUUGGAGGUUACGGCCAUGCGCCAGCUAGAGACCUGCAAAUCGAUGCCGUUCUGUGGCAUUCCAUUCUACUCUGUCUGGCACCAGAUUCGUUUCGAUAAUUACUGGUUGGAUGGACCCCCGCCGGCACUAGAGAAGGAAACCGUGCCAUCGUUUAUGCUCCAAAAAGUCGUUCAACUUUCGGACAACAGACGCCGGUAUACAUUCAACAUUGGCCACCGGUAUCAAACAUGUGUCCAAUCGGCCCUGGUUAUUAUGCCUAAGCCGGGAGUUCGGUUAGUAAAUUGGAAUCUUAUGGAAACCGUUACGGAACGGAUGGAAUUUAAUGGGCAGCGGGCGCACUUUGUUCUAAUCACCUACGGAUUGGCAGAUGAUGAGCUUUGGAAUGUCACAUUCGAUUUCGAAAGGGACGCUGGCUAUGAGAACAGCAACGACAAGCUAGUCGAGAUCAGCUGGAUUAACACAUUCUGGGAGUACAAAGAAAAACAUACGAUUGAUUUUAGCCAGCUCAUCGAAAAAUUCCCCGGGUGGGCCCAUGUCAUCCCGUCUGUGGCCGUGGUAAACGUUACAGAGUACUGAUAGAGAGUUUGUUAUGUUUAAUUUUAUUGUAAGCAACGUUUGGCC